CGUAGGGGCCUCUCGUGGGAAUGCCACCGAAUUGGGGAAAAGAACCAGCCUUUCGGGUUUUUCCAGCCAGGCACUGUGUGUCCUGUUAAUUUUGCUUUUUGAAUGUGACCUCCGAGCUUCGGGGGCCAGUGUGAGCUGCCCGCAGUACCAGCCCCUGGGGCCUCCUGAAGGGUCCCGGAGAGGGACUCCCUGCCUUGAGGUACCCCUGCACCCCCUUUCCAGACCUUUGAGGAUCCGAGCCACCAAAGGUUAGCUUCAGCGCACGCACUGCGGGCUUUGCGCAGGAAAGGGGGAGGGGUCUGAGGCUCCAGGUCACAGUGACCUACUCUGGGCUCUGCAAGGGGACAGCUGGGGCCAGAAGCUGCCUGGAGGGGUUCUCAGAAGAAGGAGGAACCAUCGUCCCCGCUCUCAGGCAGAAAGGAGAUGCUGGAAGGCCCGCCCCUACCACUAGUGGCUGUUGCGCUGGGCACCGGGCUGCUGGCUCUGGUGCUGUACCUGCGCUCCCGGUUCCAAGGCCUGUGUUUGAUCCUGUGGAAUGAGCUUGUCCUGCAGCCCAUCCGAGACCUGCUCAUGGGCGACAGCAAGGAGCAACGUAUCCUGCGCCACGUGCAGCAGCAGGCACAGCCUGGGGACCCGCAGAGCGUGCUGGCCGCCAUCGAUGCCUACUGCUCACAGAAGGAGUGGGCCAUGAAUGUGGGCGACGAGAAAGGCCUGAUUGUAGAUGAGGUGGUGCGGGAAUACCGCCCCACCCUACUGCUCGAGCUGGGCGCCUACUGUGGCUACUCGGCCGUACGCAUGGCCCGCCUGCUGCCACCUGGUGGCCGCCUGCUCACCAUUGAGGUCAAUCCAGCCUAUGCGGUCAUCACCCAGGAGAUCCUCAACUUUGCCGGCCUGCAGGACAAGGUGACGAUUCUGGUUGGGGCGUCCCAGGACAUCAUCCCCCAGCUGAAAAAGAAGUAUGACGUGGACACGUUGGACAUGGUCUUUCUUGAUCACUGGAAGGACCGGUACCUGCCGGACAUGCUCCUUUUGGAGGAGUGUGGCCUGCUGCGGAAAGGGACAGUGCUGCUGGCUGACAAUGUCAUUCUCCCUGGAGCCCCGGAGUUCCUGGCCCACGUGCGUUCCAGCAGCCGUUUCGAAUGCACCCAUUACAGCUCACACCUGGAGUACUCCAAGGAGGUGGACGGCCUGGAGAAGGCCAUCUACUUGGGCCCAGGCCCUGGUGACAAGGGGAAGAAGCCUUGACUGCCCACCCUACCCCCCAGGCUCCGCCCCACCCCCUAAGCCUGCUUUAGGGCGUGGUCUGGUCUCCACCCACCCCACAGACCUGUGAAAUCCCGCCCUACCCCCAACCCCAGCCCCCUCCCCCUGCUGCACCGGUCAUCACACACACUGUGGGCACAUAGUAGGGGGUCACUGCUACAAGGCCAAGAAGGCAUUUGCUUCUAGACUGAGCCAAGGAGUUCUGGGUGGGACCUACUACCCGAAACUGGCAUUCUGAGAGGGGCUUCUUCUGCCUGGCUCCGGAGGCAGGCCCUCGGGCUAGGAGAGGUGCCACUGGAUGCAGGAAGUAGGGGAGGCCGGGGAACAUUGGCCGCUGAUGAGUGGACUCAGUCUGUCGUUAAAGUUUACCAUCACCAGGUGGCAGCAGAUGCCUCAGUGAUGGCACUUGGACCAAAAGCUCUUAUGUAUUGCAUGUCUGUUUUGUGUUUCUGUUUUUUAAAGAAAACCUUGAUCAUUUUACUAAAAACUACCGGUAGCAGUCUUACCCACCAAUAUCAUGUUUCCAAGAUGUCAAAAUAGAAAUUAAAGAUACUUAAAAAAUUUA